CAGUCCCAACCCCUGAAGGUGUCAUAAGCGUGCUCUCUCCCUCUCACUCUCUAUCACCGCCUUUCAGAUGUUUAAAAGCCGCUGCCUGCUGUAUCUCACUCGUUCUUGGUUCGUAUCAUCUGGUGCUGCAGGGGACUCCAGGCUGCCUCACCGCUGCACAAGCUAAGCAUCAAGAAACGCUGAAAAGAGAGAAACACUUCCAGAAAUAGCAUCAUCCACAUACGACAGAACAGAGCAUGGAAAAUCUGAGACCCGGGCGCAAGAUCUCUCUCAUUUCAAACUUGAUGCCGGUUGUCCUGUUGCUGGUUAUGCACUGUGGAUCCAGGUCCCUGGCAAGUCGUUUGGGGCCCCAAAAAAACUGCCUGAACUGCAAAGACGGGCAUCACACGGGUCGGGCCUCCAGGGACCACGGAGGGGCGGCCAGCACGACCGCCCUGGCAUUGGGGGAACCCUGCGGGGUGUAUACCCUAAGCUGUGCCAAGGGGCUUCGCUGCAUGCCACCUCAAAAGGAACACAGCCCGCUCCAGGCUCUGCUGCAGGGCAGGGGCUUUUGCGCUAGACAGGGCAAAAUGAACCCGACAGAAAAGCCCCACCCCACAGGGACACAUACUGCACACGGUGGUGACAUAGAAAAGGCUCCAUGUCGAAAGCAGCUCAACAUUGUGUUACGGGGUCUGGAGCUUACUAUUUUCCAAUCUGAUCGUGAUAUAUACAUCCCAAACUGUGACACUCGUGGCUUCUACAGGAAAAAGCAGUGUCGUUCAUCUAAAGGCAUGCAGCGUGGACACUGCUGGUGCGUAGAUGAGCUAGGCAACACCGUGCCGCCACGUGUCGGGGAAGACAGUAAUUUACCGUGUGACGGAGAGUGAGGACAGUGAAGGCACUACAGCUCUGAUCCUGGAGGAAGAGGAGGGGUACAGGAGAAGGGGAUGACUUAAGUUCGGUGCAAGACACUGCCUGAUCAGGACACAACAGGGAUAAACCACUUCCUGUGGAAAAGGCCCCCCACCUCCACAUGGAAGGUUAACUAACUUCACUGCCAUAAACUCCAAAGUCCAAUAUGUAACAGUAUAAGCACACAGCAACAAUGACCACUUCCAGUUUAAGUUGUGAUUGGUCAGCUUUAAAAGAGAGUUAUUUAAUGCCCUAUAUAGUUGGAAACUUCUUGUUUGUGAUACCUUGUGUUCUCCGUUCUAGCGGGAUGUUAUACUGGGAACCAAAUGGGGUGACAAUGCUUUUUAACCUAUCCCCUUUUCCGCCCCUCUCCCCUUCUCCAAAAAUACACUGAGAAAAGUAAUAUACCGUAUCUUUUUAAUUUAUUCUGGAGUAUUACUAAAUUUCUUUGAAUACUUUCCUCGAAGAUGUGCAUACUGUGUACACAUUGUUCUGUAAUCCAUACGCAUCGAAACGCUAUUUUACGUUCACAUGAUUUAAAAAAGCACCCAUUUGUUUUUCAUGGUAUGACACCGCGAAUGCACGUUGUGAAUUAUUUGUACAUAAGUGAGGUUUUUGUGGUUGGUUGUGUUAUGAGGUGAAAUAUUCUUAAAUGCUGAUGGCUGUUACCCUUUUUUGAGAAGUUAUUUUUAUAUAUUUCAAUAUGCUAUUUUAAAUAUAUAUAAAUGCAUAUAUAAAUUGUUGAUUUAUUUAAUGAACUAUAAUGCCAUGUAUUUUUAUAUUGUCCGCAGUUUUUCAUUGUCAAAACAGAUUUUAUUUGCUAAUAUAGUGAGCGCCACACAUUAAUAGACAAACAAAAAUAAUAUAAUUUUAUGAAAAUAUGUUUGGAAAAAAAACACCCUUUAAAGAGCAAUUGUUGCUUUUUAAAAAUAUUUCUGUCAAUUAUUUAUAUUGAUUGUUAUGUAUUGCAAAGUGUUACUAUAGCCUGCUAGGCCUACUAAAUAAUUACGUUUUCAGAUUGUAUUCGGGUUUAAAUUCUGUAUUUUGUCAUUCCCACAAUGCAUUACGAUUAAGUGCAAAAAAUAAUGGAUGAUCCAUUGUAAUUCAGUUGUAUCAGUAUAUGUGCCAGUCAUUGUGGCCUCUGCAAAAACAAAGUCUUCAAAAAAAUAAAAUAAAUAAAAAAAAUAAAAGAUGCAGAGAGAAAUAAAGCAUAU